UUCCCUGACAACCCUCAACUUGUCCCUCUCUUUUUCACUUGCUUCUACUUCAAGUGACACUAUCUCACGAGAUAACUGCUACUCCUUUUUUUCAAUCGAACCCCUCCCUUUCUUUCUUCUGCUGCUUUCUUACUUGUAUACUGAAAACUAAAAGAGAGAGGGAGGGAGGGAGAAAUGGGUGUAGGCACCAGCAACUUUGUGAUUAGAUGGAUCAACUUUCUCACCAUGCUUUUAGCUAUAGCUGUCAUAAUUUUUGGGGUAUGGAUGAGCACACAUCAUGACAGUUGUCGAAGGUCUCUUACUCUCCCAGUGUUGGGCCUUGGUGCUGUCAUCUUUGUAAUAUCAAUAAUUGGGUUCUUGGGCGCCUUGAAGAGCAACUCCAUACUGUUGUGGAUUUAUCUGGUUAUGUUGUGUAUCAUUUUGGUGGCAAUUCUGGUUUUCACAGUAUUAGCGUUUAUUAUAACUAAUAAUGGAUCUGGUCAUAGUGUCCCUGGUUUGAGAUACAAGGAGUAUCAACUUCAGGAUUACAGCUCAUGGUUUCUUAAACAGUUGAACAACACCAAGAACUGGAACCGAUUGAAGAGUUGUCUUGUGAAAACUGAUGACUGCAAUAACCUACCAAGAAAAUAUAAGACUAUUAAGCAGUACAAGUCAGCCAAACUAACAGCCAUUGAAGCUGGUUGCUGCCGACCACCAUCCGUGUGCGGUUAUCCUGCUGUCAAUGCUUCAUACUACGACUUGAGCUUUCAUCCGAUUAGCUCCAAUAAGGACUGCAAACUUUACAAAAAUUCCCGGGCUACCAAAUGCUACAAUUGUGACUCCUGCAAGGCAGGAGUUGCACAAUAUAUGAAAACUGAGUGGAGAGUGGUUGCCAUCUUUAAUGUCAUUCUGUUUGUUGUUCUGUCAAUGAUCUAUUUUGUCGGGUGUUGUGCCAGACGAAGUGCUGCCAGGAGUCACUCUAAAGCUUGAAAAAAGAAGAAGAGAAAAAUACAGAACCGGUUUCUUUGGAAUUUCUAUUACAUAUCUCUCUCUGUCAUUUGUUGACCGCAUGUGUAUAUCUCCGUUCGUCAGUUGCUCUUUGAAUAUUUGUCAAAUUAGCGAUUAUUUUUCUCAGUUUGAAUGAGACUGAUGGUUUUAUUUCAA